CGGAGUGAGUUCUCCCAUCUGGCUGGAGUCGUCAUGUCCCAACAUUGUGAAAUUGGACACCUACUUUCUUAACCCUUCCCAGCUAGUCCGCCCUCUCUACUCUCUCCUCUGAAACUCAGGCAGCCGCUGUGCAGCGAGAGUUUAGAGACUCUUAAUGAAUGUUCUCGGAUUAAUAUUCAACACCACGCGGAGAUCUUCCACUGACGGAGAGUCCGACCACCAGCCCGAAGUUUCUGCUAAACAAACAGGGCUGAGGAGCGGUAUCCGGGCGGGGGCAUGUGGAAGACGGAGGGGGGGUUUCCUCUCAGGAGAGGAACGCUUUAACCUGCCUAAUCAUAUCUGAUUAAUUAAUCAGUGUGAGUUCAAAAGCUCCGGGGUGCCCUGGCAUUUGGACCGGAGAUGUCAGGACCAGUUUCUCGGUGAGGAGAAGAGCAGAUGGAAGAGGAGGCGGACAGCAACGGGCAAGAAGAACAUAGAACUGAUGACCCUGCUCUUUCUGGCCCCAAAGAGAAGACAGAGACCCAGCUUCAGCACGGCCAGGAACCCAGCACACCAGACCAAGAUCUGCCCAUCAUGCACUGGGAGGACCUGAGUUUGCGGAUAGCAGAGCUUGAAAAACAGGAGGAAGAGAGGAGGAAAAGAGCAGAGUCCAAGAGUUCAGCGGAACAAGAGUCAGAGCUGGGACAGUGGUCUCACGUAAAGCAGCAGUCGCCUCUCAGGAAGCAGUGGGAAGAUGACGAUGGCUUCGGAGGAUGCCGAUUUCCAUUCAUUACAUCUCGGUUUACCAGCCCUAAAAAUCUGCAGCUUUGUUUUGUCAACAACAGUGACAGCGAGGAAGAAGAUGAUGAAGGGACAUCCAGCAAAAAGGGCUCGCGCGACACAGCGGGACGUGGGCGUUGUUGUGCGGGCCUGAAGCAGGAAGUGAGAGCGGCUCUGAGUGAACUCAGAGAUAAGCUUUGGGCUGAACUGAAGCAGCAGCAGCAGCCGUCCCGCAGUGACCUGAACAUUCGGAGAAAAAUGCUUAGCCGCAGUGACCUGCAGACCUGUUCCGUACUCCAGCUAAACGCCCUCAGUGCUUCCCUCAGCGAAGACAUUCAGGAUCUGAGCUCAGAACUAGUGAAGCAUCUGGUGGUGCGGGACAAUCUUCGGAUAAAGCAGGACGCCAUGCUCCUGGAUGUACAGGAUAUGACAUCAUCAUGACUCAUGUCUGGCCAUGAGUAGUCAUCUGCUAAAAUUGACUAAAUGGACUAGAGAGGAAAAUGGGCCUGUUUGACAACUGCAGUGUGUUGUUAGAUAAGAUCAUUUCUUCACCUUCUCCUCUAAAACCACAGUGUCCUGUUUGUCUCGAGUUGCUCACACAAAUGUUGCUUAUUAUUAAGUGGGUCAGAUUAUUUUUUAUUUUCAGUCACAAGUUUUAUUGUGGGAUUUUUUUUUUUUUUCUGAAUGUGAACAAGUAGCUCUUUAAGUAUUAAGCGGGCAUGCUCAGCAUUAUUAAAUAUGCCUGGUCAUUUAUGGUCAGUUUUUAUUAUCUGUAAAGUCUUUGAAAGCUGCUAUAAAAUCCAUGUGUGAUUGGUAACUGUGAUACAUAUUAAUCAGUGAUUUAUUUUCAGUUGAUUAUGCUUCAUGUGAAUAUGAAAUGCAUGGAAUAUACUACAGCAUCUGCCAGCUGCAAAUGGGAAUUUAGUUACUGACACUUUUUGACAGUAUUUUUUAUUUUUUAUUAAAAUGAACAAAGUUUAUAUUAACUGAAUAAAAUUAUAACAUUAUUGAAUAGAA